UGGAGAAUCCAUACCCACGUCCCUUGGAGUUGCUGAGAGGUUCCUGAGAAGGAAGGAAGCCCACGUUGAAGAUGAAGCUCUGCUUGCUUGCGGUGGCCCUGGCCCUCUUCUGCGCCGUACAUGGCUUCUCGGACAACCCUGAAGAUCAGAAGAAGGCGGAAGGAAUGUGGAAGGCCUUGGGGAUAAGCAGUAAUGACCCAAAACUCCAGAAGCACAUGGAGAAGAUGACGGUUGUAGAUGUCAAAGUGUCCUUCGGGAACGGAGACGCCGUGAUUGAAACUCGCAUCCCCCUACCCGAUGGCACCUGCAAGCCCAUGAAGAUAGUUUUCAAGAAAGGCGACGACGGAAAAUACUACCACAAAUGCAGAUUCGGCGAGAAGACGGUGGAUGUCGUGGAGACGGACGGCGAGAACUAUGCCAUCGUCGACAUAACCAUCGUCCGCGACGGCCAGGCCUACCAGACCUCCACCCUGUAUGUCCGGGAUACGGAAUCAGUGGCGGUCUCUUUGGUUGAACAGUUUAAGCAGCGCAGUGAAGAGAAGGGCUACUCUCCGGACCAGACCAAGAUCUUGCCCAAAGGAACUGCCUGCUAAAAAGAAGCCGAGUAAGAAGAACACCAGUGGGAACAUCUCUAUGGUCCUUUGAGGUUUCCUCGUUCUCCUAAUAAAUAGAUUCAGAAACUGCAA